GUCUAGCCAUGGAUCUGGCAGUGGCUACGAGAACUGAGGUGAAUUCUCGCGAUGACUUGACGUCGAAGGGGAGUGUCAAAUUCCAAGAGAGGAGAGGAGAGGGGAGCCAGAGAGAGAGGGGCGCAAGGGAUUUGCCACUUCACAAAUCAAGAAAAGCCGCAGCAAUGUUCUCCUCUUCUCCUCUCACGCAGUUACAUUGCAAGCUCUUUGCAAAAAUGGGGGACGACCGACCUUUUGUGUGCAGUGCUCCUGGCUGUGGACAGAGGUUUACCAAUGAGGACCACUUGGCUGUACACAAACACAAGCAUGAGAUGACACUGAAAUUUGGACCAGCCAGGACAGACUCUGUCAUCAUUGCAGACCAGACACCUACUCCCACCCGCUUCCUAAAGAACUGCGAGGAGGUUGGUCUGUUCAAUGAGCUGGCCAGCUCCUUCGAACAAGACGAUGAUGACAAGAGAGCAAAAAACUCUCUCCCUGCUCCCAACUCUGUGGCUGUGGACAUGAGCGUGCAGGCAUCAUCAGACGUGAAGGUGAAAGAAGAGGCACCUGUAGAGGUCGACUCCUCGCCACCAAGCAGCCCUGAAUCUUUCUCUGAAGAUUCAGAAAACAGCAUCGAGCCUCUGGUUAAAGGAAAGGACACACCACCCAGAAGUUCAGCCCCCACCCCAACUAUUGUGCGUCCAGGUUCCCUCCCACUACACUUGGGCUUUGAUGCCCUUCAGCCCACCAUGCCGUCACCCACCUCUGUCAUCACACAGACACCACCUUCCAAUCGUACUCUGUGUUCGCCAACCAGCCACUACCCCAUGAUGAUGCUUCCCUCUGGUCAGGCAGUGCCUGUGCUCCCUGGUCCAGUACAUAUGCCCUCUGUCAUCAAUCUGGCCCGACCCAUGUGCAUGGUACCCAACAUUCCUGGGAUCCCCGGGCCUCCUCUGGGAGGCAGCAGCAGCGGCUCUAACUCCCCCUCUGGCUACAGCAUCCACUCAGAGGCCAAGAUGCGUCUGAAGGCUGCACUGUCCCAGCAGAGCCCGUCAGGAUACAGUAUGGGGGUCAUGUCCAUGGGCGGCAGCCCCAUGAUACCUCAGAGGGCAGAGCAGAGCCAGCUGCUUGUCCAACAUCCAGAUGCUCCAUCACCUGCACAACCUCAGGUAUCUCCAGCACAGCCUACAGGUGGGCGUCGGCGGCGGACGGCCGAAGAUGACCCAGAUGAGCGAAGGCAGCGUUUCCUUGAGAGGAAUCGGGCCGCUGCAUCGCGCUGCAGACAGAAACGCAAACUGUGGGUCAGCUCCCUAGAGAAGAAGGCUGAGGAGCUCUGCAACCUGAACGUCUCAUUGUCUAAUGAAGUGUCUCUGUUGCGAAACGAGGUGGCUCAUUUAAAGCAGCUGCUGCUGGCCCACAAGGACUGUCCUGUGACCACCCUACAGAAGAAGACUGCCUACUUAGCUGCAGAAGAGAGCAUGAAAGACACCUCACAGCCUUCAGGUUCCCCUGCCCCAGUGAUCCAGCACAGCUCUUUGGCGCACAGCCCCUCUGCAGGGCACAACGGCCUGAGCUCAAGGGCAGCAGCUGAGGCCAUGGCUAUGUCUGUGCUGGCAGGAAUGGGCCAGCAUCAGAGGGCUGAGAGUGGAUCCUCUCACAUUAUCAUGGCUGCACAGUCUCAAUCUGCUGCCAGAUGAUGAGCGAUGCCACCCCGGCCCAGACUUGGCUCACAUUCGACACCCAGGGGUAAAAAGGAGCAGCGGACCGCCCCUCCCAACUUUCCUCAAUCUAGAAGUGCACAUCUCUCAUCUUCCCCCUUCGCUGUGCUCCUCUGCUCUCUCUGACCCUCCUGUGGAGCCAUCAUGCUGUGGCCUGGAGCUCAGCAGCAGCCUUCUGGGAAUGGACUGAGACUUUUGAGAGAGCUUCCUGUUCACUUUGCCAUAGACUACAGGGGCUGGACUCCAACCUCCCAUCAUCGUUCCCCCUCUGUGCUUCCCUACUCAUCUCUCCACCCACCCUCAGUCAAAAUGGCUCUUCACUGGACUGUAGGACUGCAUCACUCUGAGUGUACUGCAGUAAUGAACAGUUUGCACAAACGUGUGGAUAAACAUUCUCGAUCAAAUCACAUACCAAACAACACACAGGGCUUUACACUGUUUUCAGCAGGGAAUAGUGCCUUGUGCUCCACAACUUUUUAGCCAUGCACACACCCACUCAUGCCAUCACAGCAUACGUCCCCAUACAUCCUUAGCUCCAAAGAUGCAGUAGUUGUCUAGACGUCAGUGACUUAGAUCUCAAAUACUCAAAUAAACCUUUUGUAAAUGGUUCCACCUCAAGGCGAUCUCAUCAUGGACCCAAAAACCUUACCUCAAUUACUCCCAUUUAUGAUAAAAUUAAUAAACUGUGUGUGUGAUAA